ACGCGAUGCGAUGAUGAUCGUCGACACACGGCGACAGAGUUUGGCGCGGUUUAGUUAGAUUUUGCGUUCGGUUCGCGGUGGAUGUUUUGCGUUUGCUGUGCUAUUUCGAUUUGUAAACGGAAAUGGCGCGCCUUUGGAAUGCGCCGGCGACCUCGUGGGCGGUGCUGCUGCUGCUGGCAGUGUGCGUGGUCAGCUCAAUGCACAUACCCGAAGAUAUGGAGAUCAUGGAUGGGUACGAUUUGGAAUCUGCUGGGACCGAAAUCAAUCCGGAAGAUGAUUUCUAUGAAAGGCGAAGUUUGUUGGAACCAUUCUAUUACAGAGCGAUUCGUGAUAAACGGGAAGUUCCUUAUCGAGUUUUGGAAUCUCCUGGAUUGAGAAGUCACUUCCGGCUUCAAACGGAUGAUCAAGAUCUGCGGGAUCAGCGAGAUCGAUCGGUUCACAAAAGACAUCGACGAAGCGCAGACAAUGACGAUAAUGGUGUAACUGAAGAAACAAAGCCGACGGAAGAGCUACCAACUCCAGAAUAUCAAAGAAUGAACGAACGUACCAUGGAAACGUGGGUGAAAACCCCGUAUCAGGUGAAAAAAUCGACAAAAGAAGAAGAAAUAGAUUCCGAAGCGGAAGCUUCCAUGAUGAGCGAAGGGAUUAAAGCGAGAGCUCCUCGAGUGAACUUCAUCACACAGAAGAAGUUCGGCUCAGAUCAAUCGGAGGCUCGCGAGGAGAAAGAAAAGAUCAUUCCCGAGUUGUAUAGGAAACCCUUGGCCAGGCUAUUCUACGAAUAUCCAGCUGUACCGAGAGCAUACGAUUCAUACUCAGCCCAUUCGCAAUCUCCGAUGUAUCCCAAGAUCUACAACAAAUACGACGAAUACCAUCGGGAUAUGAUGGAUCGCAUGCAUCCGCCAUCUCCACAUCGCUUCGACAUGUACUACCAGCGGCGGUACGAUAACAACGACUACGAUACCUACUUCCCGAGAUACUCUUUCCCUAGCUACUAUUACUAUCCGGAUAAAAGGUUCGACGUUCCCUCGUACUACCGUGAUAGAAACUACCUUAUGACCAAUGACGUCCUGGAUGCACCCGUCAUCCCUCCCUACGUCCCGACGAGAAACCGCCGGAUCAUCUACUACGCCACACUUCCGGAAGUCGUCCGGACGCCUCCGAACGUAGAUCUGCGCUAUCGCAACUACAACAAGUACCCGAACCGUUACGAUCCGUUCUACCCAACCAAAGCGCCCUACAAGGUGCCCACGGAGCGGAAUCCUAGCGGUGAUCGCAACAAGGACGACAAAUACGUCAGUUCGACGCCGAUCAAGAUCGUUCGGGAUCUGGAGGCGCAGCAGGAGACGCCCGGAUCGAACAAUUCGGCCGGACGACGGCAGUACUCGGUCAAUAUUGGCGGGGGAGGAGGGGCCAGGAAUAACAACUAUCACCAGGAUGAGGCCCGGAACGAGCAGGAUCGGUCGUACUUUGGAAGGCAUCAUUGAUGGGGCGGGGAAGCAGUGCGUGGAUGUAGAUUAUUUUUGGUAGUUUGUAGAUUUUAGAUUUGUGUAGACUAGAGAUUUAGAUUAGGAUGGAUGUUUGUAUGAUGGCGAUACUUUAUAAUAAAGAUGAUUUCCUUUUCUAUCAUUAAGAUGA